ACUUAAAAGAUUAGAGGUGGGUGGAGCUAAGAUUCUCUGAACUGGGUAAGGAGUUUAGGAGCAUUCAAACAAGCACAGACUUUUAAUUCACUUCAAUCUCCAGCUGUCUGCUCAUGCAGCUGCAGGGAACAUAAAGAGAGUGAAAGUAGGAAGAGAAGAGGAACAGAAAGGCACGGUCGUUUCGAAUAACACUAUAACCUGCUAAAAGAGGGAGACUGAUUAUUUUUUGUGAUUUUUUUUUCCUCCGUUAGUUCUCUGCAAAAUCAUUUUUUUAAACGUAACCAAAUAAUCUGCAAGUGCAUUCAUGAAUUGAGUUUUGAGAUUUUGUCUGUUUUUUUUUUUUUUUUCUUCCUGAGGUUUUGGUGCAGUUAUGCAUUUCCAGUGGAAUAUUGUGGCUUGGGCACAUUCCCUUCUCUUUGGGUUUAUUGUAUGGGGUUCUGCAGAAGAGUACGAUUAUUACAGCUGGCAAUCGGACAAUUUCCAAAACGGACGUUUUUACACCAAGCAGAGUCAAUGUGUGGACAUUCCGAGUGAUCUCCAUCUCUGCCAUAAUGUCGGUUAUAAGAAAAUGCGAUUGCCUAAUUUGCUUGACCACGAGACUAUGCCUGAAGUCAAACAGCAGGCCAGCAGCUGGGUUCCCCUGCUGGCAAAACGAUGCCAUCGAGAUACGCAACUAUUCCUCUGUUCACUCUUUGCUCCAAUUUGCUUGGAAAGGCCAAUAUACCCCUGCCGGUCGCUGUGUGAGGUUGUGCGUGAUAGCUGUGCCCCGGUCAUGGAAUCCUACGGUUUCCCUUGGCCAGAGAUGUUGAACUGUAAUAAAUUUCCUCUCGAUAAUGACCUGUGCAUUACUGUGCAGUUUGGCAGCAAACAAGUUACGCAGCCACCAGUAACUAAGAUCUGUACCCAGUGUGAAAUUGAACAGAAAUCGGAAACAAUGAGGGUGCAAUUGUGUGCAAGUGACUUUGUUCUUCGGAUGCGUAUUAAAGAAGUGAAGAUUGAGAAUGGCGAUCGUAAAUUAAUAGCGGCGCAAAAGAAGAAAAAAGUUUUAAAAGCAGGAAAACUUAAGAGAAAAGAAUUCCGCAAGCUUGUCCUUUACAUCAAAAAUGCUGCAGGAUGUCCGUGUCCUCAACUUGACAAUCUAAGUGGUAGCUUUCUUAUCAUGGGUCGGAAGGUGGACAAUAAACUUCUCCUUACUGCCAUCUACAAGUGGGACAAAAAGAGCAAAGAAAUGAAGUAUGCAGUGAAUUUCAUGUUCUCAUAUCCGUGUUCUGACACUAUCUCUCAUGGCACGGGGGCACACCUAGGAGCCUUUCGUUAAAACUUUGAAUUAGAGAACUUUACAGUGUUGCCCUUUCCCAGCCUUACCAAAUGGAUUUUAUAUUUUAGUAAUAGCAGUAACAUAGUAUACUUGGCCUAAAAAAAAAAAAAAGACAGAUUACUAGGGUAGUCAAGUUGAGUAGUACAAGUGAGAGGCUGAAGAAUGUGAUCUUUUUGAAGAGGAGACAAUGUGAAUAAAGAAAAGAAGGAAUAACUUGGAUCUUCAUUGGAAAUAUAAGUUGAACUCACAUGUUGAUUAGGAAAUUAGGUUGCAAGUGGAACAAUAUAUUUUGAACUGUAAAAGUGUUAUGGUUGUUGAACGCAGUAGCUUAUCAUUUCCUUGAGUGAAAAGCUUAAUUAGCAAGAACUUCAAUAGGUCACUACUAGUAAAGGAAAAGCUUUUUACAGAUAAGACUUUGAAUUUUGACCUGGAAUCCUUGCAUUCUUAUACAUUGUCCUUGAUAGGAUGUUACGUUAGCAUGCCUUGACAUUUUGCAUUUUAUUAUGUUUACACACACACACACACACAAACUCACACUUACAGAUAUAAAUAAAUGCAUAAGUGUUUUUUAUAAAUAUAUAGAAUAUCUAAAUUCUCCAUGCCUAUUGUAAUCCAUGUUUGAUACCGAAGUACCUAUGGAUGUCAAUGGCCAAAUAAUAUACAAAACAAAUGAGGAGUGCUUGCAGGACUGUGUUACAGCACACUGCUUUGGCAAAACUAGUCUGUUACAUGAGUCAAAUGUGAAAUAGCCACUGUCCCACUCUUCAUCUGGGAGUUCUGUUGACGACUAAAGCGUGGAUCCUUUCACAAAUGUUCUGUGUAACAGACUUGCAUUCAAGUGUGUUUAACAUGACUUGAUUUCACUUCAAAUAAAAUAGAAAAAUUUCUAAAUGAUAAGUUUGGAAAAUGUGGGCUUUACUGUUAUUGCGUUGGAAAAUGUGGGCUUUACUGCUAUUGUGUCAGCAUAGCAUUAAAGGGGAUCUGUCACUAUUGAUGGUCAUUGCAUACUUUGACGGAUCCUGUGUGGUCGCAGGUUGCUUGGGAUGACAGGAAGAUAGGUUUUACUUACAUGAAACUAACCCUCAUGGCUGCACCGUCAUCUUCCUGCUGUUCCUCUUCCGCUUCCGUUGCUUGUAGUCAAGUCCCUACUGUACACUGGAGAAUACCGCAAGACCACGGGAGCUUCCAUAGAUCGAUGCCUGAAUCCCACAUUCAUGAUGGCUGCUUUGAUAAGACAAAAGUUACUGUGGAGCUCUGCCUUUUGUCAGCUUCAUGCUUGUCCACGAGACUAAGUAGCCCCUACUUUGUCUUGUAAUAUCUGUAGAUUGCAUGCGAAUUUCAGUGAAAUUUUAAUGCAGUCUGGAUCAGUAUUUCAUAACAAAUAUAUCUUUAAGAAAUACUGAAUGUUAACAGAUCUGCUUUAAAGAAUAGUAACAUGAUGAACUAGAGUGGUUCAGUCACCCCUCUAAGUGAUGCAACAGAUUCCCACAACUCUUAGCGUGUACACACAAUCUUGGAAUUGUGAAAUACUGAAGACAUCAUUGACAGUAGGGGUUAUUCAUGAAAGGAAUAUUAAUUAAGAAUUCAAAGUAAAUUUCAAAUUUAAGUUUAAAAUAGUGAACUGUAAAAAUUAUCUAAGUUAGCUAUACUUCCAGUUCAGCUACUCCGACCUUAAAAAGACACUAUAGUCACCAAAACAACUUUAGCUUAAUUAAGCAGUUUUUGUGAAUAGAUAAUGCAUCUGAAGUCUCACUGCCAAUUAGGAAUUAAAUCACUUUUUUUCUGUUAAUAAAGCCUUAGCCACACCUUCUCUGACUGUGACUGAGACAGCCUGCAUGAAAUUUUUUUUUUGUUUGUUUUCAAUCAGAUGUAACUUAUUUUUAAUGUUUUAUGUCCUAUUCUGUAAUUUGAGUUUUAAUCACAUACAGGAGGCUCCUGCAAGGUCUAGCAAGCUAUUAACUGAGCAGGAGAUAAGAAAUUCUAUUAUUAACAGAAUUUGCAAUAAAGGAAGUGUAAACAUUAGAUGACUCUUUACAGGAAAUGUUUAGGAAGCCUGUGCAAGUUACUUGCAAGGAGGAGUGACUAGGGCUACUAAAUGGCAGAGAAUUGAGCAGUGAUUUAACUCCUAAAUGGCAGAGAAUUGAGCAGUGAGACUGCAGAGGCAUAAUCUAUACACCAAAACCGCCCAUCAAGCUAAAGUUGUUGGUGACUAUAGUGUCCCUUUAAAUUGUAAAUUUACUUUGAUUUAUCACUUUAGUAAUUAUUAUUAUUAUUAUUAUUUAUAAAGCGCCAACAAGUUCCGUGACGCUGUACAAUGGGUGGACUAACAGACAUGUAUUUGUAACCAGACAAGUUUGACGCACACGAACAUGGAGGGAUGGAGGGCCCUGCUCAAUAAGCUUACAUGUUAGAAGGAGUGGGGUAAAGUGACACAAAAGGUAAGGGUAGGGUAGAAAAGUAGGUUGCAAGGAUAGUGUUCAUUGGGGGCUUAGUGUUUUGUUUUGAUGACAGUUUCAGGAGAGGAAUCAGGGUACGGGGAGGGAAAGCUCUUCACUGUUUAAUAGAUAUGCUUUCGUAAAGAAGUAAAUUUUCUAAGAUUUUUUGAAGGAGUGGAGACUGGAUGAGAGUCUAACAGAGAAGGGAAAGGUGUUCCAUAGGAAUGGUGCAACCCUAGAGAAGUCUUUUAGGUGAGCAUCAGAGAUAGGAGUACGUACAGAGCUUAGACGUAGGUCUCCGGCAUAAUUAACCCUGUCUAUCUACUCCAAGCCCAAUUCUGUGUGUAUAGUGUGCAGUGAAAAGAUUAUAUAUCAAUCUGGUGAGUUUGUCUUUUACAGGUUUUGUGGGUAACAUGUCCACUUUAAUGAAAUCAUAGUCCUACAAUACAUAUUAAUAUCAUGCAGCAAUGCUCAUCGUACGUCCUUGUUAAAGCUAGCAUUUUUCAAAACAGUUAAUAGAUAUUGAUAAAGUUGUUUGUGUAUCAUGACAUUUGAAUAGUGUAUAAAAAUAAGUUUUUCAAACUAUAAAAAAAAUAAUUAGAAAUAAGAAAAAAAUAUAAAGCUCUAUUGGGGCCAAUCCCAGUCUACAUGAUAUUCAAACAGAUUGUAAAUGUGAUGAGCUACUUUGCUUCAAUUCAUUUUCUAAUUCCACGGGGUACAACAGAGAAAUGUUCCACAACGUAAAGCAUUAUUUCCAAAUCAACAGAGGAGAGAGUGAACUAUGAAUAUCUGAAUUAUAAUAUAUAAAAGUAAUAAAAUAUCAAAAUGGAAUGGAUUCAACUGGCUAUGCUUAUCUCCAUAUACUUCAAUAAGUCGAUUGUUCUUUGGUAAUUUGCUUCCGCAAUGAAAAAAAAAAACAUUAAUCUGUAAGAUCAGAACACAAAGACUUUUCUCCAUUGUUCUCAAGCAGGACCUCUUAACUCAACGUAUUACUAAAACAUUAGGAUUUGCAUAAAUAGAAACAAAAUCAACCAGGUUUUAGUUUGAUUCUUACAUUUUACUGUAUUCAUUUCACACUCACACACACCUUAUUUGUUUGUUUUGCUCUUUUUUAUUUUGGUAUAAACAGGUUAAAUUGUGUGCGAAACACGACAGUCACAUCAUGGACUAAAUGGCCUGUCACUGCUGAAUUGUUGGUGCUGGGAAGCCAUAGCUUGACUAUUUCAAAAGUAGUACACGUUUUGCCUUGUUUAUGUUUUUUUGCAGGUUGCUACAGUGCAUAUGCAUUCUGAAUGAAAUAUAUUAAUAGCAUAAAUAAUGUAUCCAUCACUUUACUUUGAUAAUAUGUAUGAUUCUGUCUAUGAAGAUAUUGUUCAGGUGCUAUUUAAUAAAGUAAAUAUACAAAUUA